AUGUCAUCAGAGCUUGAUUUAUUGAAACAGCAAGUUGCUAGACUUGAGGCUGAAAAUACUAAAUUAAAACAGAUCAUAGAAGAAAUUGCUAAUCUUAGGAUCGUAAAUACAAGACUAAAACAAACCAUAAAGUUAAAUCAAACUGCUAAUAACUCUUCACAAACACCAAUUCUACCACCUAUCAAGAGACACACUGAUGAGGAUAGUAGAAUUGACUCUGUGAAUUUAGAGCAGACACAAAGUGCCAUUUCUCCUGAAAUAAAUUCUCACGAGCAGGUAGAAAAUACAUUUGAUAACACGUCUAAUUCUGAUGUAUGUCAACCUAUUUGCACAGAGUUUAAAUCAUUAGAAGAUAAAGAGGUUGAUGAAUUCCUGGAAUCAGAACAUAAAAAAAGUGUUAAACAAACACCUAUCCAUUGGAAUGAGAAUCAAAGUAUUUCAGAAGCGCCUAUUAAUAAGUCACAAAGUGCCAUCUCUUCUGAAAUAAAAAUACCAUAUAAUCAGAGAAUAGAGCAAGGUUUAAUUCAAGAAGCGAUUCUAUUUAUUCAAAAAGGAGUGCUUACCUCACCAAUUAACAACCUUAAAACUCAAGAGAGUGACAUGAAUAUAGGCAAUGAUAAAGAAGCAUACCAAAACAGUGUUGCUGAAAUUCAAUCCAAAACUGGGGUUGCUGAGAAAACUGCAAAGACUCAAGUUUAUAUUAUGAUUAAAGCUUCUUUACCCAAAGUUUCAGAUGUGAAUCUAUACAAAAAGACACAAAGAGCUGGAACUAUUUAUAAACUGUUUGGAAAAAUUAUUGAUCCUAUAACCAAGAAAGAAAUUAAGGGGAUUGGUAUAGACAAAGCUUAUGGAAUUUCAAGAUCUAUAACAGAAACCAAAGUAAGUGAGGAAGCAAAGUUUCGAGUCUCUGAUUCAUCAUCUUCAGAUACAAAAGCUAAUGUUGGUAUACCACUUAUCUCAAAACCCAAGGACCCAAAGAAUGACUGCACCUAUUUUCACAACAAAAUAUUGGAGCAAUAUCCUGACCUAUAUUAUGAAUUCAGUAGUGAAAAUGUUGAUUAUCACGGAAUUGCUGCUGAGACAUUAUGUCCAUUAUGCAAAUUAAAUCAUGAGGAUGAAGGCAGAUAUGAAACUGGGUCCUAUUAUAUUAAAUGCAAGCAACGUGAAAUUGAAAUAACUACCAAUUCUGAUAAAAUAUUAACCUCUGAAUAUCUGAAUUGGUAUGCCAAAUUAACUGGUUUACCAAGUAUUUUAACAGAUAAAAUUCGUUCCAAGUUAUAUAAAAGAUAUAAGAAAGAAACUGGGCUUGAUCCCUGGAUAAAUUCCCAUAACUCCCCAAUUUCUAGGACUAAUCCAAAUAAAAUGGAAUGUCUUUAUAAAUAUGCCAUUGAACAUGGAGAGGAUCCUGAGAAAUUUUCAAUCAUUACUGAGGCUGAGAAAAAUAGGUGGGCCAUGGAAUGCUUCCAUAAUGACUUGGAAAGAGAUAUACACUUUUAUCAAGGUGAAGAAUUAUUAAGUCACAAUAUUCUAAAGAGUGGUUCAAAUACUACAUGGCUUGAUAAUCUUAUGGAAGAAUGGGAAAAAACCAUACUCAAUUCAUACAAAUUUUUAGCCAGGCCUAUCCAGACAUGA